UCGUGCCGACACGCGAUGGGGCUAAAUAUCCUGCAUCGCUUCUCACUGUGGGGAACCACAAAAAAAGCAUUCUGUCACCCGGCAUUCGCUGCUAUUACCGCGCCGUCCAUCCCCGAGCUCCGCCCUUCGUCCCUCAUCUUCACCGCAGGGCGCAGCGCUGCCCGCAGCCCCGGCCGCGGAUGCGCAGCGCCGAUCACCGCGCACGGCCGCAUUGGAGCCGCCCCGCCCCGCCGCCCCUCCCCCCCGCAGGGCGGGCUUCCGGCGCACCGCCGCCUCCUCCUCCUCCUCCUCCUCCUCGUCCUCUUUCUUCGGCGUCUGCGGAGCUGCAGGAGCGCCAUGGCAGCCAACUGCGAGCGCACCUUCAUCGCCAUCAAGCCCGACGGCGUGCAGCGGGGGCUGGUGGGAGAAAUCAUCAAACGCUUCGAGCAGAAGGGCUUCCGCCUGGUGGCCAUGAAGUUCGUGCACGCCUCUGAGGACCUCCUCAAGCAGCAUUACAUCGACCUGAAGGAUCGGCCCUUCUACCCCGGCCUGGUGAAGUACAUGAACUCCGGCCCCGUGGUGGCCAUGGUGUGGGAAGGGCUCAAUGUGGUUAAAACAGGCAGAGUGAUGCUGGGGGAAACCAACCCUGCGGACUCGAAGCCCGGCACCAUCCGUGGGGAUUUCUGCAUCCAAGUGGGAAGAAACAUCAUCCAUGGCAGCGACUCUGUAGAAAGUGCCCAGAAGGAGAUCAACCUUUGGUUCAAACCAGCGGAGCUCAUCGACUACAGAUCGUGUGCACAUGACUGGAUCUAUGAGUGAUGCCAGCUUCCACAGUGAAUUGUGCCUUCUGACUGUCAUCUCACUCCAGCUAACGAUCUGGGAGCAAUUAGCACAGCGGUUAUCUUGACAACUUUUCAGAACCAUCAAAAAUAAAUGAUAUAAACGAA